UCAGUUAAUCAAGUUCAGAGAGAGAAAGAGGUUCGAAGAACUUACGUGAUCCAAGCAUCUCACAUCACCAAUCCUUCCAGAGAGGUGAACAGUAAUGAUGGUGUCUGGUGGAUAUGAGGCUCCAAUUAAAUUUGAGGGCAAGCAUACUGCAGUGCUAGUGUGCUGGAUUCUUGGAAAUGGAUGCCUUUUCGCAUACAACAGUAUCAUGACAAUAGUGGAUUAUUAUACCAAGUUGUUCCCGCACUACCACCCUGCAAGGGUACUGAUCCUUGUGUAUCAACCUUUUGCUCUUGGAACACUCACAGUACUAGCAUACAAUGAGGCAAAGAUCAAUACUCGAAGAAGGAACUUAACUGGAUAUAUCCUUUUCUUCAUAAGUUCUCUAUUGGUUCUAGUUUUGGAUUUAGCUACAUCAGGAAAAGGAGGACUAUGGACUUAUAUUGGUAUCUGUGCCAUCAUGGGUGCCUUUGGGGUUGCUGAUGCCCAUGUCCAGGGUGGAAUGGUUGGGGACCUCUCCUUCAUGCAUCCUGAACUCAUCCAAUCUUUUCUUGCUGGUAUGGCUGCAUCAGGGGCUCUAACCUCCGCUUUGAGGCUAAUCACAAAAGCAGCAUUUGAGAGUUCUAUGAAUGGUCUCCGCAAGGGUGCAUUGUUAUUCCUUGCCAUUUCUUCACUUUUUGAGCUGCUAUGUGUUAUUCUCUACGCAUUUGUCUUCCCCAAACUGCCAAUAGUAAAAUACUAUCGUUCAAAGGCAGCCUCUGAAGGGUCAAAAACAGUUUCAGCUGACCUUGCCGCUGGUGGAAUCCAAACAGAAACAAGUGAAGGAGUAUAUUCCAGUUCUCUAUCUACUGACAUACAACAUAUGCAGCUUUUGGAUUCUCUGCACGCUGCAGAAGACUCCAAAGUAUUGGAUCGUCUGAACAACAAAGAAUUGCUUUUUAAGAACAUCGACUAUGCAAUUGACAUCUUUCUGAUAUAUGUGCUGACACUGUCAAUCUUCCCUGGGUUUUUAUCUGAAGAUACUGGAUCUCAUAGCCUGGGUUCAUGGUAUCCACUUGUUCUGAUUGCAAUGUAUAAUGUCUGGGAUCUGCUAGGAAGAUACAUUCCGCUCAUACAAAUUCUAACAUUGGAGUCUAGACAAGGCCUAAUGGUUGCAACUCUCUCUCGUUUCUUACUCAUCCCUGCUUUCUACUUCGUUGCCAAAUAUGGAGAUGAAGGAUGGAUGAUGAUGCUGACAUCCUUCUUGGGAUUAACCAAUGGUUACCUGACUGUUUGUGUCCUCACUGCAGCACCCAGUGGCUACAAGGGCCCAGAGCAAAAUGCAUUGGGAAAUUUGCUUGUAUUGUGCCUCCUUGGAGGUAUAUUUAUAGGUAUACUGCUUGAUUGGUUGUGGCUCAUAGGCAAAGGCUGGUGAGAUUAGCUUCUAAACAAAUCACUACAGCAACUUUAGAAGAUUGAAGUCUUUGUUCCUACAAUGUGCAAGAAAUACAAAUAUUUCCACUUGGCUUUUGUGGGAGAAGAAUGAGCA